UUCAGACACCCUCCAACUCAGGCCACGGGGCCGCGACCCCUCGCCGGCCUAUAAAUACCGGCGAAGGGGAGCCAAACAAGAUCACCCACCACAACACCAUCAUCGCAUCCCAUUAGCAUCGCCAGUUUCCUUGGAGAGAAGUAGCCAGAAACAGCAGCGCCAUGGCCGGCAUCAUGCACAAGAUCGAGGAGAAGCUCCACAUGGGCGGCGGCAGCGACGAGCACAAGAAGGACGAGGAGCACAAGAAGAAGGACGGGGAGCACAAGAAGGACGGCGAGCACAAGAAGGACGGGGAGCACAAGGAGGGCAUGAUGGAGAAGAUCAAGGACAAGAUCAGCGGCGACGGCCACGGCGACGGCAAGAAGGACGGCGAGCACAAGGAGAAGAAGGACAAGAAGAAGAAGAAGGACAAGAAGCACGGCGAGGGCCACAAGGACGACGACGGCCACGGCAGCAGCAGCAGCGACAGCGACAGCGACUGAGCCAGCUCCGGCCGCGUGCAGUGCAGGGGAGAUGAACGCGUGGGUUAAUUUGGAGCGUGUGGUAGCAUAUGUAUGUAAUGCUUGACAUGUCUCAUGGAUCUUGUAAUGUAAUAACCGGCUGCACUGCAUGGUGCUUGUAAUAAUAACGUUAAGGAAUUUCCAUUGGUAA